AUGCUCAGGGGCCAUACGUUUAAGACAGUCAAGGCCAGACCACUAUCACUCGACUGUAAAGAGGCCUGCACAACUGACUACAGGUGUCAAAGCUACAACUACGAUUGGUCUCAGAGGUUAUGCGAAUUAAAUAACCGAACCAGGGAGGCAAGACCUGAUGACCUUGUUAGAAAUGAAAACAGAUAUUACGUGCGAGAACCCCAUAAAGGUACAAACCAGAUAACGUUGACAUAAAUAAUUUACGAAGUAGGCGCUGAACAACACGCGUGUAAGGGAGAGACAAGCAGUGAGAGACCUUCAAGCGCGACCUCUCGUUCGUACUUGCUAGUCUGAAACGAUCGAGCUUGGUUAAAUCUAGAUUACGGGUAGUGCCGCCUUUUCGGUAAAUCCCGUCGCACGAGUUCGUCGGCGAAGUCCGUCGCGCAAGGCGCCUCUCCCCCAGGGUUCCGCGCAGCGCGUCAACAUCAAUUUUUUCAACUGAUUUUUUCCUUUUUAUUCACGCGAAUACCGAAUAAAGUCGCGAGUGAUGGAGUCUCCAUUCUCGAAUAGAGUUGUCAGCGAUGUUAGCACUCAAACGUUGAGAGUGAGCUUGUGUUUCUUUGACCGCAAAUUUUGUGUUUUUAGUUUCUCUCGGUUCCAUUCCUGAGUUACCAGCUGACUCAUGUGCAGAGAUUAAAGCGGACGAAGGAGGUCACACAGUCAGUGGUAGCUACUGGCUGGAUCCCACAAGAUCUGGAAACUCUACUUUGGUACUCUGUGACAUGACAACUGGAGGUUAGUACUUCAAAUCCUUAAUCCUUACACUCCCAGAACAGGUUGAAAAAUAACUUCUCCCUGAGAUCCAUACAUUAUCUAGCAGGACAGAAUAUAACAGUUGUUUAUUAUGAUGUGACACAAAAUUCUCUCAUCCGUCUUACGGUGAAUCCUAUAGCAACUAGAAAGGAGACUCUGAUAAGUAAUAGACCAGUAGCAAUUAUUGCAAUAAAAAAAAGAAACCAUCAAUUUUUCCCAAGUCAAACACAACCAAGAUAGAAAGCAAUUUUCAAUAGAGUUUCGUGAGCAAUCGGGGAUUUCUUCUUAUAUAUGCUCAACUUCGUUAUGUGAUUGCUUCAGAAUACCAGCGCCAUUUUUCUGAACCAAUCAGAUUCAAAGCUAAAGUAGGUCGCCACUUGGCAGUUUGGUUUUUUUUUUUUUUUUUUUGAGUUCUUUUUCUUUUUUUUUUUUUUUUUUGCCUUUUCUGACUGACAGUGGUGAUUAUUUUGGUUUUGGUUUAACGACACUUAAGUGAAAUGGGCUCCAAAAAGACGAGAAUUGCGUCACAGAACACUUCCCCGGGAGGUUUACCGAUAAACCUCGCUUUGGUAUGCUCGACCCAGUUUCCUCGAUUAACGGCCAAACAUCUCUGAUUAGCAACUAUUCACCGAAGUGGAGGUGGGUAGUGGAGGUUAUUUACCGAGUUGCGAUGUAGCGAGGUUAAUAUCCAUUGCUAGUCACCAACCCUGAGGUAAAUAGUUGUUUUAGCAUAUACUAAAACAGUGAGACUGAAUAUAGCACAAAAAGAUGAUUUUUGAUCAAAUAAUCUGAAUUGCUGUCGACUAUGGCCUUUGUAUCCUAACGUAACGGUUAAAUUUUUCAUUGUUUAUUUUUCAGUUGCUGACUUCUGCAGCGAUAAUCGGUGUGUUAACAGUGCAACCUGUGUCAACCGUAGAAUGAACUACACAUGCUCGUGUAAAACGGGGUGGACUGGUAGCUACUGUGAACGAGGUAAUUAAUGAAUGGUACAGACCAUGUCGAAAAAUACCAUAACACUCUUUUAUACACAAUUACGGUUUCAUUGCCUUUGGGAUAGGAAGGGCUAUUUAAGUAUCCACUUCAGGAAUGGCAAAAUGAAAUUGGGAGCUCAUGUAUAAUUGUAGAGCAUAGAAUUGCCCGUGCAUUUUUAGCAAAUGUUAUGAAGAGGCAAGGGCCUGCUUCGAUCAGACACGUCAAUUAGCAUUCAAUUGAACUACUCGUGAAUACGUACGCGAAGAAGAUAUAAAUUCCAAAUGCCGAGGGAAUAAACGAGACACGAAACACUCAUAGGAAAAAGGUUUACAUCAACGCAAUUAUAAGACACACUGCUAAAAGGAAGUGAAAUGUAAUAAAAAUUUUAAUUGAAGCUUCAGAUUUUUUUUCUCAUUGUUCCAUGCUUGUGAUAAAUAAAUUCAAGAUCGUUCUACUUGAGUCAUUUCACCUUUCACUUAACAUUUAACGUUAAUGGUGACGUCAUCUAAGCAUCUGUCCUCCAUAGAUCAUAAGUAAGAACCAAUCAAAAUUUGUGUAUAAUGCAGCUUAUCAUAUAAAUCCCCAUAGAUGUGGACGAGUGUACUGAGAUACCUGGUGCCUGUCCGGUUCAGUCGGCGUGUGAGAACUCAUUGGGUUCUUACCAUUGCAUCUGUCAGUCUGGUUGGAGGAAUGUAGGCCCCCAUAAUUGCUCGGAAAUUGAAGAGUGUCAUGAGGAAUUCAAUCACAGCUGCCCACCAAAGUCCAACUGUAUCAUCAAGGGUGCAAACAAUUCUUACGAAUGCCUGUGUCACUUCUGUCACUACAUGUCUAAUGAUACAAGAACAUGCCUUCGUAAGUAUGGAAAUGAAGUCCAACUCAGGACCUAA